UCGGUGUCACAUUAUUAUUGUUCCGUGUGUGGCCACACUGGGUACCGCAUGCUGUCUAGAUAACGUUCAUGUUGCACUGAAGACUUUAAAGUAUUAAUUAUGCAUCUCACACAAGACUUAGAACUGUUUCCUGAAUACACGGUGACUCAGCUGCUCUUCAAAGAUGUAAAAAAUGCGACGGAGUUGAGAAAAAUGGCAGUGAAUGGAGAAAUAAAAGGCGCCUUGAUCAAUCCAUCAAUGGUUGUGGACGCAUUCCAGAUCUUGGUGGCAGCAAAUAAAGCAGUUCACCUUCAUAAAAAUGGAAAGAUGAAAACCCGGAGUCUUUACUCGGAAAUCAUUUUUAAUCUUUCACCCACAAACAAUUCUAUUGUCUGGCAGAUAUCUGAAGCGUUCAAAAGGUUUGGGAUCUCAGACAGUGACACUGCGGUUCACAUUGUGUUGGUUCACAACAAAGACGAGACCCUCGACAUUGAUGACAUCGUCUCAAAGGUGGACGGACAACAGGUUGCCGUUGAUCGAGUGUCUGAUUUCACUGAUGUCGCGAAGAUUAAAAAGCUGUACAAAGUCGCACCACUGGAGGAAAAGUGUGGCAGUCUUUCGGACGCUGUUGUUUGCAGGAUGGCCAAUAAAGAUGUCGCAUAGCUAAUCAAUACGUCGAUAUAUUUCUACUUUAAAUAAACCCACACUGGAUUUCUAUGUGUCAGAUCUACUCUAGUGGAACAUGUGAAAAAAUAUUGUUUAUAUCACGCUUUUUUUAUGAAUAAAAUAAAAUAAUAAUAGGA